AUGGAGACUCAUUCCUACAAACUCCCUCCAAAACCCCUCUCUGAAGAAGACACGGCUAAAAUAAUCAGCCUCAUUAAAUCUAAGGUCGAAAUUAAAGACCGGAGGUAUAACCACCAGACUUAUAAGAACUGCUUUAUAGGAAGAGAUGUGGUUAAUGUGCUCCUUGAAUUUGGGUACGGAGAGAACAUCCACGAAGCCUUACAAAUCUGAGAGGGGCUCAGAACCCAAGGAGUCAUCGGCCACGUCUGCGAAGACAAAGAAUUUGAAAACAGAAAACAAUUUUAUGUCUUCGAAAGCGACAGGAAGGAACUAGACCAAGCAAAGACUACUUGGCAGGAUGUGCUUAAGGAAGAAGAAGGCAAGCAUCUUUGUUCUGAAGAAGUCAAGGAUGUGCUGGAUUCUUUAAGUGAUUGGCCCAAGAGGAAUUCAGAGAUGGGAGAACUUUUGGUGGAUAAGCAUAAUAGAGAAGUUCUUGAUAAUUGCAGGCCUCUUAAUUGGACCAAUCCUAGUUCUGAUGUUAAAUAUGAUAUGGUUGCAAUUGGAGGUGGAGCUGGGGGCUUGGUCUCUUCGAUCACAGCAGCUGUCUCUGGAGCAAAAUCUGCGAUCAUUGAAAGAAAUCUGAUGGGAGGAGACUGACUAAACACAGGCUGUGUUCCUUCCAAAGCAUUCAUAAAAGCAGCCAAAGUUGCCCACACAUGCAGGAAUGCCAGCAAGUUUGGAGUUAUGUUUGAAGGAGAAAUGAAAAUUGAUUUCGCAAGAGUCAUGGAAAGAAUGAGAGAAGUCAGAGCUGAAAUUGCAGAGCAUGAUAGUGUCUAUAAAUUUGCAAAGAAAUACGGAAUAGAUAUGUAUCUUGGAGAUGCUAAAUUCUUGAACGAAGGAGAAAUUGAUGUAAAUGGACAAACUCUAAAAUUUGAGAAAUGUAGUAUUGCUACAGGAGGACAUCCUUAUGUCCCUGAUAUAGAAGGAUUGUCAGAUUUUCCUUACCUAACAAGCGAAAAUGUGUUUAAUAUUACUGAACAGCCUAAUCACCUUGUAAUUAUUGGGGCGGGUCCUAUUGGAUGCGAACUUGGACAAUCUUUUGCAAGAUUUGGCACAAGAGUCACAAUGCUAUCAAAAACAAAUAGAUUUUUGCCUAAAGAAGAUCCUGAUGCUGCUGCAUUCCUCCACCAAAGUUUAAUGGAUGAUGGGGUAAAUAUUGUUUUUAAUGCUGAGCCUACAAAGAUUCAAGUAACUAAAUCUCCAGGGAAAUUAUGGAAUCCUGAGGCAAAAUUUGAAAUGGAAAUAAAUAUCAAUGGAAUAUCAGAAACUAUUAAGGGAGACUCUAUCCUCGUAGCAGCUGGAAGAAGACCUAACGUUCAUGGUCUUGGACUUGAAGAAGCUGGAGUUGAAUAUGAUCACACUAGAGGAGUUCAUGUUGAUGAUUACUGCAUGACUACUAACAAAGAUAUCUAUGCUGUUGGAGAUGUGUGUAGUCCAUAUCAAUUUACUCAUAAUUCAGAUAUUAUGGCUAAAAAUGCUGCCAAGAAUGCACUUUUCUCAGGAAGAGAGAAGAGUUCAGAGGUCAUAAUGUCUUGGUGUACAUACACAGAUCCAGAAUUAGCCCAUAUUGGUAAAUAUCCUUCAGAGAUGGAUAAAGAAGGCAUUGAAUAUGAUACUUACAAAUACGACAUCUCAAAUAAUGACAGAGCUAUUUGUGAUGGAGUAAUUGGACUAAUUAAGAUUCAUUGUCAAAAAGACACUGAUAAAAUCUUAGGUGGUACAAUAGUAGGAGGACCUGCAGGUGACAUGGUCUCACAAAUUGCUCAAGCAAUGUACAACAAAGUAGGACUUUCAUCGAUGGGAGCUGUAGUUCAUCCAUAUCCAACAUAUGGAGAGGCAUUUAAAGCUCUUACAAGUCAAAUCAAUGGUAGAAAGCUUGCUCAAGGAGCUAAGACAGUUUUAAAAACAAUUAAAAAGGUGAAAGUUUAG